AUGAGAAACAGUUAGAUGUCCAAUUUUUCAUUUAUAAAUCACAUUAAUAACAUACAAAUAGGAGAUGAUAAAUAAAAUAACUAAUUUAAUAAUAAUUUGGUCUUAAAAACUAACUCAAGCAACUCUACUCCGACUGACGAUAUGAAUUAAGCUAUUACUCCUUAAAAUGAGAAUUAAAAUAGUUUUAACAAUAAUCUUGAAAAUGUUAAUGUUACAAAUUUUUUAAAAGACAACAAAAAACUUUUUUGCUUUAAUAACAGUCGCUGUGAAUUUCCUAGUAAUAAUGAAAUGGAAUAUUAAUAUCCAGCAAACUCUAUGCAGAAUAAAAAAAUGUUAAAUAAUAUCUUGAAGAUUAAUAGUCAGGCAGAUGCAAAUAAUUCUUUUAACAAUAAAUUGUAAAGAGAUGAAGCUAUUUCUAAUUAUAAUAGUGAUAUUUCUACAUGUAAAUAAGUAGAUAUUGAUUAAAAUAAGCUCUGUCCUAGACAUCCAUCGAAGGUAGUAAGAUAUCAUUUAAUUAGCAACUCGUUAGUUUAAUUCUGCUCUAAGUGUGCUUUGGAAUACGCAGUUAAUGGAGUAAAAAUUGAAAAAAACGAAAAUCUUAGAGAAAAAAAGCUUGACUAUGACAAAAUUUCUAUAAAAAUUAGUUAGAAUUCAAAAGAUUCUUCCCUUUUCACAAUUACUAAGAAUACUUAACCAGAUACUUAACAAACACUUCACACUGAAACAGCAAAUAUAGAACAAUGGAAUGAAUCUUAUAAGAAUGAGAAAUUAAGAGUUUUCAUGGAGAGAGUUGGCUAUACUAGCUAGUUUUUGAAGCAAACAGAAGAAAGUAUUAUAAAAAAACUUGAAGAAAGUUAGAGAUACUUUUAAUUAGAAGAAAAGAAAAUAGUAGACACUUUCGAAGAGAUCAUGAAGAGCAUAUUAAACGAAAAGAAUGAGAUUAUGCUUUUGUCUAAACAUUCAAAUCAAGAAAGUAAUAAUUUGCUCUUAACUUAGCUAGAGAGUAUCAGAAAGCAGUAAAAUGAGAUUAAUCAAUUCAGCGAAGAUAUCUCUAUAAACAUAGAUAAUAUUAUCUUUUCAAUGGAAAAGCAACCUUUUGAUGAUAUAAUUAACAGAUAUAAUUAAAGAAUUUCUUAGAUAAAUACUUUCACUAUUUAAUUGUCAUCCCAAUAAGUUUCUCUCCUAGAAAUCAACUAAAACUUUGAGAAUAUAAAAAUAAUCAAAGCCAAAAUUCUCCCUAACUUGCUUACAAUUAAAUAGAAUAGCAUUACUUUCAGAGAGUUUUUAAACAGCUGCAUGGUCUCUCCUGAAAAAUAGAUAACCCCAAUCCAUAAUAACUUUAAUCAAGUUGAUUUAGUUGCUUAAUUACCUUAGAUAGAUUUAGAAAAUUAAAAUAACUACGAUACUAACUGCGCUUAAGAAAACAAACCAAGGAUCUCUUCUACUAAAAAUAUAAAGUAAAAAAUUAUGUCUCCCUGCUAAAACACUAGUAAAAGCAAUUCUAAAAUUAACUAUUUUAAAAUACCAUAAAAUACUCUUGUGAAUAGAUCCUAUGAUGGAGGAUUUAGAAACGAUGCUUCACUUUAAUUAAACACUUCUCUAAAUUUAAAUAGUAGCUUCAAUAAAUUUAACAAUAAUUUAUUAAAUAAUUCAUUUUCACAUACUUCUGCACUACCGAUAACAAAUAACAACAAGAAUUAUAGGGCUAAGAGCACCAAUUGCUAAAAACCUAACAUUCAGGCAUUCUAGGAAUCUAAUCUAUUCUCUUACACUCAUAAACAUGGUAAAAAGCAAGCAGUUUGCCAAGCUCAACCUUAUUUCUAGAAAAUUCAUAAUGAAUCACUUGAUUGCUAAAGAGAAAAAAACAAUUUGAAACUGAAAUAAGUAUAAAACGAAAGUAUAGUAAAACACAUAUAGAGACAAAAUAAAGAUAAAAAGCAAAGCAAUCAGAGCUCGUUAAACCCUUCUAGAAGAGCAUCCAAGCACUAAUAUUUAGUUAGCCAAUAAGAGAGCUUGCAUGAAAAUUAUGGAAAAAGCACUAAUGAAUUUUUGCAUGAAGAAGACGCUUAUAAAUCAUAUAUUAAUAACACUUCGUUUGAUAACAGUUUUUCAACAAAUAUAGGACCUGAGAAGAUAUCUGUAAAUAAUCCUUCAUCUGGUAUCAUUGGAUAAAGAAACAGCUAAUAUAAUAAAAGUACAAGUAGCCAUAUUAACCCAGUAUUCAACCAUUCUCUAAAUAAUCUUAGUAAUUAGCAAAAUAGUAACAGUGUAUUUAAUAAAAGCCAAAACAAUUUCAUCAAUACAAAUAAGAACACAGUUUAUACAUAAGUGUUAAAAACAAUGAAAGGGAGAUAUAAUUCAAACAAUAACAGCAACCAUUAAGCAUCUAAAUAGAAUAAUAACCACUUAAAUUCCUAAAAUAAUUCAUUUAAUAAUUCUCACUUUAACAGUAUGAAUACCGAUAUCAAUGAUAUUAACCCUAAUAACAUAUCUGUAUCAAACAAAGAAAAUCUAACUCUCUAAAUAAAUACUAUGUUUUGA